UCUCUUGCCUCCUGCAGGGCUGGUGAAUUACCAGAUCUCCGUCAAGUGCAGUAACUAGUUCAAGUUGGAAGUGCAUCUUUUGGAUGCAGAAAACAAAGUCGUGGACAACGUGGCCGGGACCCAGGGCCAGCUGAAGGUGCCGGGUGCCAACCUCUGGUGGCCGGACUGGAUGCACGAACGCCCCACCUACCUGUACUCGUGGGAGCUGCGGCUGACUGCACAGACAUCACUGAGGCCUUUUUCUGACUUCUACACACUCCCUGUGGCGAUCCUCACUGUGGCUGUCACCGAGAGCCAGUUCCUCAUCAAUGGGAAACCUUUCUAUUUCCACAGUGUCAACAAGCAUGAGGAUGUAGACAUCCGAGGGAAGGACUUCGACUGUCUGCUGCUGGUGAAGGACUUCAACCUGCUUUGCUGGCUUGGCACCAACGCCUUCUGCACCAGCCACUAUCCCUACACAGAGAAGCUGCAGAUAUGUGACCGGGAUGGGAUUGUGGUUAUUGAUGAGUGUCCCGCUGUGGGCCUGGUGCUGCCAUGAGUCCCUGCUGUGCACCUGCUCUGUCUGGCCAGCCCAUGGGCCACACCGUGCCUCUGUCCCUUCCCUCCUGGCCCCCGGCAGCUCUUCAACAACGUGUCUGUGCAUCACUACAUGUGGGUGAUGGAAGAACUGGUGCACAGAGAUAAGAAUCA